AUGGUCAAGGCACUCCCCGCCACCAUUGCCGCCCUGGCUACUGUCGGCACCCUGGCCGCCGAGGGCCGUAGCAUCGACGGCCUCAAGCGCGCUCCGGCCACCCGCCUCCGCCGCCGUGACCUCAUCUCGACCAGCACCAAGAACCUCGCCGCCAGCCUCGGCCUGGGCGUCUCGGGCACCACCACCACCAUCAGCUCCGGCGUCACCUACUGGCUCUCGGGCCCUGGAAACCACAACGUCUAUGGCACCGUCGACAACUCGGGCAGCCUGAUUGCCUCGCAGACGGAUGCCACCAUCAACGUCGUCGGCAUGCAGAGCACCUGGACCAACGGCGCCCUCACCAACCGCGCCGGCGCCAGCAUCUCGUUCAACGACGUCUCGGCCACCACCAGCCCCGCCUACGCCUGGACGCUCAACUCGCUCCAGAACGACGGCACCCUCCAGUGGUGCGGCCGCGGCGACGUCGGCGGCAGCUCCUACCAGCUCGCCUGCUCCAGCUCCAACUGCGUCAACAACGGCCUCAUCGACUUUAGCCAGGUCUCGGGCAGCGCCACGGCCAUCGCCUCGUUCCAGAACACGCUCCUCACCGCCGGCUCCCUCACGCCCAGCCAGACCAUCACCAACAACGGCGCCUUCCUGAUGCGCAACACGUUCGUCACGCUCAACCAGAACUUCCUCGGUUCCGGAUGCUGGGUCGUCGGCGGCCAGUCGACCAUGUACCUCCAGGCCGGCGUCGGCCUCAACCAGAACCCCUCGGGCGGCCCUGCCCUCAACGGCCAGUCGAUCCGCUUCGUCGACGGCACCGGCGUCCUCCACUUUGAGACGGGCGUCUACUCGCGCAACUCGCAGUUCGGCGCCACCGUCUACGGCUUCGGCGGCGGCAACGUCCUCGAAUUCGACGAGAUCAUCUACAGCAGCAGCUACGCCGCCGACACCCUCACGGUCAAGUUCGCCCUCCGCACCAUCAACAUCAAGAUCGGCACGGGCUACUCGGCCACGGGCUUCUCCAAGGGCCUCUACAACAUCAAGUACAACGCCGCCGCUCCCGCCGGCUCGGCGCCCGGCACCUGCCAGAUGACGACGCCCAUCUGCGGCUCGCUCAAGGGCUACACGAUCCCCGGCGCCACCACGACGUCGGCCGGCGCCUCGACCUCGACCUCGUCGUCGUCGGCCAGCACCGCCACGAGCGCCGCCGCCGGCAACUCGACUGCGACCGCCACGGGCGCCACCACCUCGGCCACCGGCUCGACUGCCGCCAGCGUCUCGUCGCCCAGCGCCACCGCGACGUCGACCUCGACCGCAUCCGCGUCCGCAACCGCAACCGCGGUCUCGGUUUCGACUCCGGCCUCGGUCUCGACCCCUGCCCCGGCCUCGACCUCCGCCUCUGCCACCGCUGCUCCUGCCGCCUCAGCCGCCCCUGUCCCGGUCACGUUCAAGUUUGGCGGCCAGAGCGUCGGAUGCUUCAAGGACGCGGCCGGCUCCGGCGGUGAGCGCACCAUGAACUCGGACUCGACGUCGUCGGACAACGGCAUGACCAACGAGGUGUGCGCCAACUACUGCGGCGGCAAGGGCUUCCGCUUCUCGGGCACCCAGUACGGCUCGCAGUGCUUCUGCUCGUCGAUCAAGCCCACCGACAUCGCCGACAACUGCUCCAAGCCCUGCUCGGGCGAUGCCACCGAGACGUGCGGCGGCGACUGGGCCAACAGCGUCUACGAGAACACGCUCGUCGGCGACGUCUCGGCCUCGUCGGCGCUGGCGGCCAACUACAACGUGGCGGGCUGCUACGUCGACUCGGUCUCUUCGCGCACUUUCAGCGGCUUCAGCUUCAGCGACGACGCCAUGACGGCCAACAUGUGCGCCUCGACGUGCAGCCAGAAGGGUUUCGCUUUCAGCGGCACCGAGUACGCCCGCGAGUGCUUCUGCAGCAACUACGCGCCCGGCGCCACGUCCAACUCGUGCAACAUGGCCUGCGCCGGCAACAAGGCCCAGAUCUGCGGCGGACCCAACGCCCUCAGCGUCGUGCGCGACUCGGCCAUCGCCCUGCCCACCACGGCGCCCACGUGCCCCAACCUCCCCGCCGGCUACGCCGUCUGCGCCAACGGCCAAAAGGUCGUCAACGGCGCCUGCGUCGCUGCCUAG